AUGUCUGAUCCUAUUGACUGGCUACACAGCUCCAGGGGUGUGUGCAAGGUCGAUCUCUAUAGCCCAACAGAACGGAAAGAACAGGAACGCAAAGUGAUAUGUUUUGUUGAUGUGGCCACCCUGAAUGUGGAAGAUAAAGGUUCCAAGGAUGCUGGUGGUUCCAGUUCAGGAGGUGACUUAACCCUGGAGCAUCUGGAAGAUAAAGAAAUUAUUGUGAUCAAGGAUAUUGAGAAAAAAGACCACCAGUCCAAGACGGAGGGAUCUAUAUGCCUUUUCAAACAAGCUCCCUCUGAUCCUAUAAGUGUUCUAAAUUGGCUCCUCAAUGAUCUCCAGAAGUAUGCCUUGGGUUUCCAACAUGCACUAAGCCCCUCAGCUUCUAACUGUAAACAUAAAGUAGGAGGCACAGAGAAUGAACAUCACAGAUACCCCCAUGAAAACUGCUACAGCAUUUUUGCCGAUCAAGUGAAAGUCGAUUAUACGACCAACAGACCUCAAAGCCUACGUCGAGAAAUGACUGCAGCCAAAAAUACCAACAAUAACCAGAGUCCUUCCACCCCACCAGCAAAAUCUCCUAGCACUCAGAGGGAAGAAAUGUCUCCUGAGGGAGAAUGUUCAAUGGAUGACCUUUCCUUCUAUGUCAACCGACUAUCUAAUCUGGUAGUCCAAAUGGCCCAUAAAGAAAUCAAAGAUAAGUUGGAAAAUGGAAACAAAUGCUUUCAUCAUUCAGUCUAUCCACCCUCUGUGGACAAAGGGAAAAACAGCCCCCGCAGUGCUGUGAGCAAGAUCGCUUCUGAAAUGGUCCAUGAUGCUGUGGAAAUGACCUCUGCAGAAAUGCGGGGCACCGGAGGAGAAGAGUGCAGGGAAGGUGGUCUGAAAACGUUUCUAUAUAGUGAAUUAUCCAAGAACAAGGUGGGAGACAAACAGUUAUGCCAAAAAGACAGUAAAGAAUUUGCAGAUUCCAUCAGUAAAGGGCUCAUGGUUUAUGCAAAUCAAGUGGCAUCUGACAUGAUGCUUUCUGUUAUGAAGACCUUGAAAGUGCAUACCUCUGGGAAGCCAAUUCCUGCCUGUGUUGUCCUGAAGAAGGUAUUGUUAAAACACACCAAAGACAUUGUGUCCGAUUUGAUUGACUCCUGCUUGAAGAACCUGCAUAAUAUCACUGGAGUCCUGAUGACUGAUUCUGACUUUGUCUCAGCUGUCAAGAGGAAUCUGUUCAACCAUGGAAGACAAAAUGCUACAGAUAUCAUGGAGGCCAUGCUGAAGCGCCUGGUUAGUGCUCUGCUUGGAGAGAAGAAGGACAGUAAAUCGCAGAGUCUAUUGUAUGCAUCUUUGAAAGCUGGGUCCCAUGAUCUCAAAAGCAAGAACCAAAAUAAGAACCAAAGUCUUGAGUUCUCCACCAUGAAAGCUGAGAUGAAGGGGAAGGACAAAAGCAAAAUAAAAUCAGAUCAAUGCAAGUCAUUGAGCAGUGCUGAAAGAGUCGGUGAACACAUCCUCAAGGAGAGCCUGAACAUGUGGAACCAAAAACAAGGAAACCAAGGCAAGAUGAUUAGCAAAGCAUGCACCAGUAGGGAAGAAAAAAGAGAAAAGAUCAGCUCUUCCACAGAUUCACUGGCAAAGGACUUGAUUGUUUCUGCCCUUAAGCUGAUUCAGUACCACCUAACCCAGCAGGCCAAGGGCAAAGAUUCAGUUGAAGAUGACUGUCCUUCAACAACGAGCUAUAUGACUCAGAGUGCCCAAUACGAAAAAAGUUCAAGUGGCCAAAGUGCCAAGGCUCUUUCAAUGAAACAUCUAGAGUCACGUGGAGCUCCUGGGCCAUCUAACUGUCUAAAGGAGGCUCAACAGGCAGACUGCCAGAAGUUAGAUAUGUCAAACAUUGUUCUAUCACUGAUUCAGAAACUGCUCAGUGAGAACAACUUCAACUGUGAUGACCUAUCUGAAAGUGAGAACAAAUCUGCUGAGCUCAGGGUAAACAAAGCAACUUCCAUGUCCAAGAGAGGGGAAGAACAAUGCCAGGAAAAUCCAGAACUUGACUUCACUGGCGUGAAGCAAAUGAACCGGCAAUUCAUUGAUCAACUGGUAGAAUCUGUGAUGAAGCUGUGCCUUAUCAUGGCUAAGUAUAGCAACAACGGGGAAGCCCUUGCUGAGUUGGAAGAACAAGCAUCCAUGGCAAACAACUCUCAUUACCAGGCUGGUGGCCCCAGAUGUAGUCAUGAUGGUGCAAUGCCACAGAACUAUGAAGAAUUUUCUGGGCCAGAAGUCAUCGUCAAUAAUCAGUGCUCAACAAGUAGCUUGCAGAAGCAGCUCCAAGCUGUCCUGCAGUGGAUUGCAGCCUCCCAAUUUAAUGUGCCUAUGCUCUAUUUCAUGGGAGAUGAUGAUGGACAACUGGAUAAGCUUCCUGAAGUUUCAGCUAAGGCAGCAGAGAAAGGCUACAGUGUAGGAGAUCUCCUUCAAGAAGUCAUGAAGUUUGCCAAGGAACGACAACUGGAUGAAGCUGUGGGCAACAUGGCUAGAAAACAACUGCUGGACUGGCUGCUCACUAACCUGUGAGCUAACGAUGCCUUCAACAUCGCUCUAGUUACUCCCCUCUCUCUGCCCAGCAGCAUUCCAUGCCAGCUGGGCACCCCAUCCGUUAGGCCGUUGAACAACAUACUUCAUGAUUGUAUUUCCCAAUACAUCUGAGCAGUUGGACUGUAUAAGGUGUUCAAUAAGCUAGGUAACAGCAUCAAUAAAAAAAUUUAAAAAAAUACGUGAUCAUUUUCUUGAUCAGAUAUAUCUGAGGCAAAAGAGGAGAAUGGGUCCAAUUCCAAGUAUUGGUGAUACAGUGUUAGACUUAGGUCCAAAUCUCAC